AUCGAGAUGAGACAUUUAGUCAAAGUGAGGCUGCCUCUGCUGCCUCUGCUGCUGCUGCUGCUGUUGAUGACGCACUUGACUGUGACGAAGCCCCAAUAUUCAUAUGGAACUGGUUAUGGUGGAUCUUUUAUGAAUAGCAAUGGUGUCGGACCCGUUAGGCAAGCAACUAAUGGACUCAUAGGAUCUCGAUAUAGUGGUGGACCUUUUGGAAAUUCUGGCUAUUUAAUAGCCGGUAGCAACAGUGGAGGACCAUUUAGAGUUACUGGUGGUCAGGAAGGUCUCAUAUCUGGAAAUCAAUAUGGCGGGCCUUUUGAAAAUACUCAAAAUUCAGUUAAUGCUGGCAGCAGUGGAGGAUUAUUCGGACAAGGAACUCGUGAGCAUGGAGGUAUCAUAGCAGGACGUCAAAGCGGAGGUCCGUUUGGAAAUGGUGCUAGCAGUGGCGGAUCUUUUGGACAGGAUCAACAAGGUCUAGUUACAGGAAGUAACAGUGGAGGACCUUUUAACGUAAAUGUUGGUCAGGAAGGUAUAAUCACUGGAAAUCAGAAUGGGGGACCUUUUGGAAAUACUCAGAAUUCAGUUAAUUCUGGCAGCAGUGGAGGAUUAUUCGAACAAGGAACUCGUGAGCAUGGAGGUAUCAUAGCAGGACGUCAAAACGGAGGUCCGUUUGGAAAUGGUGCUAGCAGUGCACAGGAUCAAGGGCUAAUUACAGGAAGUAACAGUGGAGGACCCUUCAACAUAAAUGUUGGUCAGGAAGGUAUAAUAACUGGAAAUCAGAAAGGGGGGCCUUUUGGAGGUGCUGCGAAUGGAGCUGCUGAUGGAUUGGUUAACAGUGACGGCUGUGGAGGUUCAUUCGGACAAGGAAAUUCUCAAGUGGCGGGUGGUUGCAACAGUGGAGGACCAUUGCAACAAGGAAAUAAUGAAUUAAUAAGUGGUAAAAAUAGUGGAGGUCCUUUUCAUGUAAAUGUUGACCAAGGCGGCGGUCUCAUAGCUGGAGGUCAAAAUGGUGGACCCUUUGGAGGUGGAUUGAUUGGCGGUGCCGGCAGUGGAGGACCCUUUGGUAAACCAGACGGACUUAUUUCAGGUGGGAGCAAUGGUGGACCUUUUAACAGUGGGCAGCAGGGUGUUAUAUCGGGUGGACAAAACGGAGGACCGUUCGGGAGUCAGGCAUCUAAUGGAUUAAUAAACGGCAGCGGAAGUCGAGGACCUUUUAUAUAAGCGGCAGAAUUAAUUAAAUAAAUGUAUAGUCAUAAUUUUGAUUGAAA